UUUGCUUCCUUGUUCCUUCAUUGGAAUCUCCUUAUUAGAAAGAAUAUUAAAAAAAUUUGCGAUGAAUUUAAAUUAAUUUUUCUAAGUUAUGUUUAUCAUUUUAUAAUAUGUUCCAUUGAGGUCAUUAAUCAUUAUUUAAGCGACAAUCCAACAAAACCAAAAUCAAGGUGGAUAAGCUGGUUUACUUGAUAGCAAAUUGGGAUUCGUUUGCACGCAUCUGGAUCGCUUCUCGGAUGGACGGAGAGGCGGUGAUUGGUGUGCUUCCACCAGAUGAUUACCAAACAGUAUCGGACAUUCACCUUUCGGGGUUCAUUUCAGUAGGUGCCUGUUUUGUAAUAUCCGUAAUAUAUGUGGCCAGCUUGUAUGUGUGGCAAUCGAGACAUGAUCGUGAUCACCCUUCGACGAUUAAACGACGGUUUUUUAGCGUAUUCGUCGUAAUGCUAAUCGCACCGGUAUUCGUCAUGACGCUGUCCUGCGAUACUGUGUUUCAGAAAUACUCAAUGUGGGAAAUAAUGGGUUUCCGCAUACAAGGGCUGCUGACGGCCAUAUCCUUGCCAUUGGUGCUGACGGCCAUACUAUUCCUAGGUCCCCUCAGCGGAACAUUAAGCAAUGGUUUGUGGCGGGUAUAUUCGGAACCGAUGUACUGGUUAAACGCUGUGCAAAACUUGAAGUGGUUAAGGAAUCAUCUGGUAGCACCACUUUCGGAGGAAUUUACCUUUCGUGCCUGUAUGCUGCCACUGCUAUUGCAGACCUUCCGACCUCACUUGGCCAUGCUAAUCACUCCAUUGCUGUUUGGAUUAGCCCAUCUUCACCAUAUCAAGGAACGUCUGCGGGAUGGAACUCCUCUGAAAAUCGUUCUCACGGUAUCGUUCUUUCAAUUUUUCUACACCACAAUUUUUGGCAUCUAUUCAGCUUAUCUGUUUGUGCGAACGGGCCACUUUGCGGCUCCUUUUGUGGCUCACGCCUUUUGCAACCAUAUGGGAUUCCCGGACUUCCAAGAAGUGCUCAGUCAACCCGAUCGUAGAAAAGCCAUUUUCAUAGGAUUGUAUGUUCUAGGGCUAGUUAGUUGGAUAGUGUUGUUACCCACGCUUACCACACCCAGUUGGUACGGGAAUAACCUGUUCUGGGCUCAAGACGUAUGACGAAAAGAAAACCUAAGACACGCUUAGUAGGGAUGCACUAAUAGUAUUGAUUAAAAUAAAAUUUUGCCAUUUUAAAUAAUUAAGUUGAAGUAAUCAUGAAAACAUUUUUGUUUAGAUGUUUAAGAUUGCACAUUUAGGUCAUUUUUCCUAGUCUUGCAGAAAAAGAACUAAAGCGGAAGUAAAAGUUUUCUUGCAGCUAUGCAUGACUUAGAAAAUAUUUCACGAAGAAUAAUUAAAGUAGGUAAUAAAAUAUUAAAGUUUGAAUUUAUGUUGAGUAGAUUACAAAAAUAAUAAAAAGUUUUAAAAUGUUCAAUUAGUUUUCCUGAAAGUA